CACAUGUUGCUACACCUUCAGCUCUGGGAAGUAGCCGACAAGUAUUUGGUGCCUGAUCUUCAAGCUCUCUGCACCUGGAGAUUCAAGGAGGCAGCCGAGUAUUACCAUAGUCAUCCAGAGAUGAUUGAUGCAAUCUUGUUCGUUUAUGAAAACCUUUCCGAGAGUGCGAAGGAUUUGCGGAAGGUCAUAGUGACGAUCGUUGAUGAUAAUCCUGUCCUGCUUGAAGAUGUGGAGAUUCAGGAAUCU